AUGGCAGAUCGAUUGACACGUAUUGCUAUCGUGAGUUCAGACCGUUGCAAGCCUAAGAAAUGUCGUCAAGAGUGCAAGAAGAGCUGUCCUGUGGUCAAAACAGGAAAACUUUGUAUUGAGGUGAGUGUUUCUUCGAAGCUUGCUUUUAUCUCAGAGGAGCUCUGCAUUGGUUGCGGUAUUUGUGUGAAGAAAUGCCCAUUUGAAGCUAUUCAGAUUAUCAAUCUUCCCAGAGACUUGGAGAAAGAUACGACCCAUCGCUAUGGGCCAAACACUUUCAAGUUGCACAGGCUUCCAGUUCCAAGACCGGGGCAGGUCCUCGGGUUGGUUGGGACAAAUGGUAUUGGAAAGUCAACUGCUCUGAAAAUUUUAGCGGGAAAGCUCAAACCAAACUUGGGCCGUUUCACUAGUCCUCCAGACUGGCAAGAAAUCUUGACUCACUUCCGUGGGUCAGAACUUCAAAACUACUUCACCCGUAUUCUAGAAGAUAAUCUUAAGGCCAUUAUAAAGCCACAAUAUGUUGACCACAUCCCAAAAGCGGUUCGAGGCAAUGUUGGAGAGGUCCUCGACCAGAAGGAUGAGAGAGAUCAGAAGGCAGAGCUCUGUGCUGCGCUAGAGCUGAACCAGGUCAUUGAUCGUGAUGUUGAGAAUUUAUCUGGUGGUGAGCUGCAGAGGUUUGCAAUCGCUGUUGUUGCCAUACAAAAUGCAGAGAUAUACAUGUUUGAUGAGCCAUCUAGUUACCUUGAUGUUAAGCAAAGGCUCAAAGCUGCUCAAGUUGUUCGUUCUCUCCUGAGGCCUAAUAGCUACGUCAUUGUUGUGGAGCAUGAUCUCAGUGUUCUUGAUUACUUGUCGGAUUUCAUAUGUUGUCUGUAUGGGAAACCAGGAGCCUAUGGUGUCGUGACACUCCCUUUCUCUGUCAGAGAAGGAAUCAACAUUUUCUUGGCUGGGUUUGUUCCCACAGAAAAUUUACGUUUUAGGGAUGAAUCUUUAACGUUCAAGGUUGCAGAAACUCCUCAAGAAAGCGCUGAAGAAGUACAGUCGUACGCUAGGUACAAAUACCCCACCAUGAGCAAAACUCAAGGAAAUUUCAGGUUGAAAGUGACGGAAGGUGAAUUCACCGACUCUCAAAUUAUUGUAAUGCUUGGGGAGAAUGGUACAGGGAAGACAACAUUUAUCCGGAUGCUGGCUGGUUUGUUGAAACCUGAUGAUGAUACAGAAACAUCAGACAUAGAGAUACCAGAAUUCAAUGUUUCUUACAAGCCACAGAAGAUCAGCCCAAAGUUUCAGAAUUCAGUUAGACACUUGCUACAUCAAAAGAUUCGGGAUUCUUACAUGCAUCCUCAGUUUGUGUCGGACGUGAUGAAACCACUUCAGAUUGAGCAGUUGAUGGAUCAAGAAGUUGUCAAUCUCUCAGGAGGAGAAUUGCAAAGGGUUGCAUUAGCUCUGUGUCUCGGAAAGCCUGCGGAUAUAUAUCUGAUUGAUGAGCCAAGUGCAUAUCUCGAUUCAGAGCAACGUAUUGUGGCUUCUAAAGUCAUAAAGCGAUUCAUUCUCCACGCAAAGAAAACUGCAUUUGUAGUCGAGCAUGACUUUAUAAUGGCAACAUAUUUGGCAGACAGGGUCAUUGUCUAUGAAGGACAGCCAUCCAUUGAUUGUAUUGCAAAUUGUCCUCAAUCACUUCUCAGUGGAAUGAAUCUCUUCUUAUCUCACCUGAACAUCACAUUCAGACGAGAUCCCACCAAUUUCAGACCAAGAAUCAACAAAUUAGAGUCAACCAAGGACAGGGAGCAAAAGUCUGCUGGUUCAUACUACUACUUGGACGACUAA